AUGCCUUCCUCCACCCUUACCGUCCUCUACCCUGCCCUUAAGGGCGAGGGUGACAAGUUCGACCUCGACUACUACCUCAGCACCCACAUGAAGAUUGCCCGCGAGGCCUGGCUGGGCCUCGGCCUGAUCAACUACCAGAUCAUCAACUUCACCUCCGGCGCUGCUGGAGCUGAAUCCGCCUUCUCCGUCGCUGCCGUUCUCACCUUUGACUCGGCCGACGGCGCCAAGUCGAUCGGCACCGCCGCCGAGACGAAGGCUGUUCUGGCCGAUGUGCCCAACUUUACGAACGUGCAGCCCAGCCUGCUGUUCGGCGACGUGCGCGAGCAGUGGAGCAAGCAGUGAGAGUUUACGAGAUCGGAUCGAUGCGGGCUCACCCCAGCUGCGUGUGGUGCGACUACCUUGAAUUAAUGUCAUUUUGAUGCCC